GUCUUAAUCAUGAGCAAGCAUUCACAAAGAUUGUGGUCGAGUUAAGGAAAAGGUACCCUGGUCACAUACUUCCAGAUGAGGACCUGCAGUGGAUCUUUGUAAAUGCUGGUGGCUGGAUGGGUUCUAUGUGCCUUUUGCAUGCAUCGCUAACUGAAUACGUGCUACUUUUUGGAACAGCAGUGGACACGGGAGGACACUCAGGUCGAUAUUGGGCUGAAGUGACUGACACUAUUAUCUCAGGAACCUUUCAGCAGUGGAAAGAAGGGACAACUAAAAGUGAAAUAUUUUACCCAGGUGACACUAUUGUCCAUUCCAUAGGUGAAGCCACAUCUGUUCGCUGGAGUGCCGGAACAUGGAUGGUUGAAUAUGGUAGAGGUUUCAUUCCUUCCAUGUUGGGGUUUGCAUUGUCUGAUACAAUCUUCAGCACACAGGAUUUUCUUACUCUUUAUUAUACAAUAUCCGUCUACACAAAAGCACUUAUAUUGGAAGCCAAUACAUACCUCACAACAGCUGGAUUCUUUUGAUGCUGGGUAGAGACCCAUUUUGUAAUGUACACAUUUUACUGGUCUCUUUUUGACAUUGGUUUGCAUCACCUACUGUUUGAAAAUUUACUUGUGUUCAUCAAAUCUAGAAAAUUUGCUUGUUAUUUGUAUGCUGCCUUUUUUUGAUAAAAUUCCAACCUUUUUAUGUGCUGUACAUUGAGCAACACUUAAAGCAUUGUGUAAAAGAUCAAAUCAGAAAUAUAGAUCUGUUUGCAUAAUCUCCCCUACGUCAGUUUGGAUAUCAAUGUUUUGCUGCAUCUUUUAGAACUAGUUUGGAUGGUAAAUUGAGAAGUGCAGGACUGUGAACAUGUUAUUUCUAACUGCUGUAGUGAAUCUUUAGCAUGUUUCUGUAUCUAAACUACUAAACCUGAUGGUAAAAGACAUUUCUUAGAUUUGGUUGGUUACCUCAAUAUUAAGUUCUGUAAAUCCAGACCAUUGAAUCAAACAGAUUUUUACAUUUAUAAUGAGAUUAAAUUGUUAAUAGGGUUUAAUUCAUAAUUUUCUGUCAUAAAUUGUACACAAAUUCAUUCAUGGUGUCAGUAUUUUCUAUAUCAUUUGAAUAUUUCAAUAUUUUUCUAAUCUGAGCCAAUAUGACGAGUGGAAUUGUGAUAGGAUACAAUGUAGAUGUGUUGAAAUACAAAAAAAACCUCUCGUUCGUUUAAUCAAUGCAAUAUUAAUGGGUGUUGUAAGUAUUUUGAGAUUUCAGAAUCCUAAACUGGUUCGGUUGCAGUCCUCCUGUUGGCCCUAACUGUCAAUAGCUUCCCACAUUUUCAUCUAAAACUUACUUUUCCCCCCUCCACUUCGAGCACUGUCCAGCACAAAGGCAAUAAGAAUGCCUGUGUCCCUGUGCAACCUCCAAUUGUCUUGCAUUUUGAUGACAAGGCAAUCACUUCACAACAAUUUCACAAACAUUUUGGUCACCAAAUAGCAAACAAUGUGUAAAUUAGUUUAAAUUAAUGGGCCUCCAUGUCACUAACCUCCUGAAGCUGACCAUUCACUAGGUCAUGUUUUGAACCAGGUGUGAAAGCAGACUCCCCUACCCCCCCUUCCUGGUGUCAGUAAGAAAAUUGUUAAUGUUUUCUUCACAGGUUGGUGACGGUGCUAUCUCAUCUCUUGCUCUUUUGUGGGUAGAAUUACCACUAGCAUAGUAGCAUUUUUCUCCCUGUCAUUAGUUUAUAUAGAAUAUGAUGGGAGAUCAUUCAUUAGAUGGACAUUUUAUAUCUGAUAAUUUAAUUAAGUAAAUUUAUUAAUGGCAUUUUCUUUUUGAUCAUUCUGUGGAAAGCCUGUAAUGAUCAUGGCCACCUGUAUAGUUGUCUGCAGAUUUUGUAGAUGUUCUGCUUAUUUUUGAAGACUUGAUCUUUUUCUUUGUCUUCUAACAUGUGUUGCAAAUACAACUGAGAUACCCUUUCUGACGGGAAUACUCUAGUCCAGAAAACCAGAUAAAAGCUCACUUCUUAAAUUUAAAGCAAAAUCUCCAAAUGCGCUGCAACUACCACAAACUUAUGCUUUUAGUUAAAAUGCAAGGUAGUAUUGAUCCAAUUGAGGAAAAUUUGUGGGUUGAAGUGUGGUUGGGAGCUUUACUAUUUACAAAUUUAAAUGUAAAAUGUAACUAUUUAAAAUUCAAUAUAAAGUAAUACUUACCAAAUAAUUUACCUUUUAAAAUUCUUGCGUAUGCAGUGAUGCUAUACACCCUUUCUCCUUUCCACACAGAUACACUCAUAUGUGAUGUAGGCACUUGAAACCUACAUGAAAAUAAAGCUAUCUCAAAUGUGAAUGUUAUUUACAACAAAAAAAGUUAUCUUGAGCCGAAACUUUCCUUUUCUCAGUAAUUUUUUUUGCAAUUUUCAAGACCAUUGUUUCAGUCUUUAGUUUAAAAAAAAUGCUAUCAUGGGUAAACAGACAUUGUGCUAUUGGAGACUGCUUUUUGCAUUACACCAGUUAGUGUGAGCAGAAGCAACGAACUGUGUUGCCAUCGAGCUCCUUUUAAAAUUUGCAAAAUGAUGUCUGAUCGGCAUAUUUGGAUCAAAAACAGAUUGAAAGCUGCAGAAGCGCAGCAGGUCUGGCAGCAUCUGUCGAGAGAAAACAGUUAACAUUUCAAGUCCAGUGAUCCUUCAGUGAAAAUGCAGCUAGAUCUGCUGUGUUUCUCCAGCACAAUCUAUUUUGGUUCAGGUUUCAAGCACCUGCAGUCCUUUAUUGUUUAUGUUUAUUUCAGCAUAUUUGAUGUUAUUAAUGCAGCUUCUUUACUUAUCAAAGUGUAAAACAUUUGUCAAGAAUUUUUAAAAUUUCGAUAGCUAAUUAAAUGCUAGCAGAAUUUAUUGUUUCUUGUUUAUGUUUGUAGUAUGAUCACCAUUCUUGACACAUUAGUUCAAUUAGUAAAUGGGAGGAAGUGCCCAAAUCAAUCUUUACGUGAACCAAGAAAAGAUGGUCCAGUAUGUUGCUGCUUCCUGUUUUGGGUCAAUUUAAUAUCAAAUAUAAGUCUUCAAUAUUGCAUGCAUGAAGUUGGAAUAAAUGUGUAAUAAUUCAAAUAAGAUCUUUUUUGGAUUGGGAUAUUUCUAUUAAAGCAUGGAACAAAGACAUUUAGACAUUGCAUGGAUUGUGAUGGUGUGAACACUUUUAGAUGUUGGCUUUUUGUUGACAAAAUCAAGUGGCUUAAACUGCUCUAUGUAAAAGAUUUACUGUACUUUCACAUGAAGUUUGCAGCAGGUUGAAGUAUUCUGAGCUAAUUUUAAUUGAGUACUUGACCAUCCAGCUGUUAAGUCCUGCUUUUGUUUUUCUGGCUUUGGUAAGCAUUAAGGUGAAGACCUCCUGCCUUUCUCUAUUCAUUCAACAGAGAGUCACCACCCACAAUGUUUUGGUCCCAACUGGUCCUGAUUGGUUUCUUGUACAUUUCCUUUGUUUUUAAAUUUAUAAUGUUGAAUGCUCUUCUGAGACUUUAGCUUUGAUUUUAUGUUGGUUUUGGAGAGACACAUAGGGGUAUUCUGGGCGAGUGUCCAAUCUUCCGUGCUGAGGCUCAAAGAUAUUUGACUUCCUAUGCUGCUCAUUUGUAUGUUCAAGAUUAGGCGUGUUCUUGACCCUGGUAUGAGUCAUUACCUAGCCAGCAGGCAAGUGGAAUAAAAAUUCAGGUUAUAGGAUAUCAUCACUGGAGCCUGCAGGAAUGUUCCCCACUAUUCGAAUGAAUGGUGAGUGGGAAGAUGCAGGGGUGAUAUGCUAGCAGGGUGGGGUGGAAGCUUGGAGUGAGAGGACUCCGGGAUUUACUGAAUUCUGGCUCAAAGGAAUUUUUAAAUUAAAACUUGACAGUUUUGACCCUUGACUUAGUUUGCAGAAGGUUAUCACCUCGUGAUAAACUUUGUUAUUGCUCAGUCCCAAGGUUUCAGCUUGGAUCUUGAUGAUCAUCUUCAUGCCCAACAUAUUUUUUUUAUUUUAAAAAAAUCCCACCACAUAAAUUUACGAUAAUUCAGAUCAUGGCAAAAAAGGACUAGUUAUGUCCCUGCUCCAUUUUGACCAGUUUCUGCUUAGUCGGGAGGUACAAUCUGUAGUUUCUUAUGUGAUAGUGUGCAAUUUUUUUUAAUUGUCUGUAGCUAGUACUGCUGAUGGAAGCAAACUUAGAAAUUGUGUUGCAUGUGAAAUAAAGCUGAAGUCCCAAAAUUAUGGAAUACAAUUAUUGCACUAACUAGUAUACUAAAAAUAAAGCUGAGGAAUUCUGCUAAGUCAGCUAAAUGGCUUGAAGUUAUUUUUCUUUUUGAGGAGUGUGGUGGGAGGGUGAUGUUAAGUGGUACUUGUUUGUUCUGUAUUUUGCUUUGUUUAUUUGAUACGACUUGGUGAAAGGUAACAAAUAUAAUUGCUGAAAAGCGAGAUAUGUGCAAACUUUGGUCUUGCACUUAUUAGGAGAAAACAUAACAGUGCCACAUUUCAAACAUUCAUAACAGAAAAGAAUGCUGAACAUGUCACACUCUGGCCAAGACAUCACCAUGACACUUAGGGAGUGUAUAGAUCCGCUUUGGUUUCUCCAUCACAACCUCUUAGAGUCAACUCAUCAUUUUGAAACUUAGCAUCUUGUGUUUGUCCUGAAAUGUGCAAUAGACAAAACUGAAAGAUAUCUCUCUUUCUUACAGCAAUAUUGAAUUUCUGUAUUGCCGAGCAAUUGUUUGAAAUAUAAUUUGUGUGUCUUCUGUUAUGGCAUUUGUUUUUUUUAAUCAAAAGUUUUACCUUUUUUGGAAAUAUUGCUCAAAUAUUUUUAAAACGUUUCUGUUCCAGUCUACUACCCUAGUUGUAUUUGUAAAUAAAAACUGAUAUACAAGAGUUAGACAUAAAUAACCGAGCAUUAUGUAAGUGGCCUUUGACGAAUUGGUUUUUGCUUUGUUAUACUACUUUUUGAUGACUAAUGGUAUUACCAUUUUAGUGAGAGAUGCUAGAUUGCCAUCAUGAUUCUUCCUCCCACCCACGUCCAAAAGUUUAUUGGAAGUACUGAAUAUUAGAAAUUGUAAAUUUUGUAUUCUUGCAUUACAAUCAAUAUUUAAACUGUACCAUAGACAAAUUCUAUAAAUUGUUUAUGAUAGUAAACAAGGGAUAUCCUAAAUCUUUUGCUUUAUAGGAAUAUUUAUCUGGGGCAGAAUCAUUAUAAUAGUUGUAUCAAUAAGAUUUGAAAGAAUGAGUACCUUUUUACCUUUUUUUCAUAUUUAAAUCCUAUUUUGGAACACUAACUCUGGGAACUAAAGCUGUAUGUUUGGACCUAAUGUAUUCUCAUCAUUUCUCUGUCUCAUUCAAGGACAUUGGAAGGUUGUUGCCAUGUUCAGCCUUAAGAUAUGUGAAGUUUGCAUUUUGAAACUCUGUAGCAAAGUGUAGGUGCCAGACUUUGGUAUACUGUAGCUGCAGGACCUGUACAGUUAAAUGAUCUUUCAUUUAGCAUUCGUUUGAUUGUCUGUCUUUGUCUUUGAAAGAUCUUUAAAGUUUUAGCGAAGAUCUGUUGCUCGGGUUGUGGCUGGAGUUGUUGGUUUUCGUGCAAAUGUUUCAUCCCCCUUCUGGGUGACCUCUUCAGUGCUGUCUAGCAUCCAUUGAAGCUGUGUUGUUCUGUUCCAUUCUGAAGUUAAAUGGUCCAGUCUAUUGUGGUGGGUAGUUCUGUUUCCAAUUUUGCUCCGUAGUGGUAUGUAGAUGGGGUCUAUUUCAACAUAUUUGUUUAUGGUACCAAUGGUUGAAAACCAAGCUUCUCGGGAUUCUCAUGCUUAUCUUUGUUUUACUUGUCCUAGUACUGUUACAUUGUCCUGGUUAAACUGAUGCCCUUCCUUGUCAGAGUGAAUAGAAAUGAGGGAGAGUUGGUUGUGCCAUUUUGCUGCGAGUUGGUGUUUGUGUAUCCUGGUGGUGAGUUUCCUGACCGUCUCUCCUGUAUAUUGCUUUUCUCAGUUGCUGCAUGGUAUUUUGAUGUCACAUUUGUCCUGAUCAUUGUGGGUAUGGGAUCUUUAGUCUCUGAGCGUAGCUGGCGAAGUGUGGCUGUUGGUUUGUGUGCUAUCAUUAUUCAAAGAGGUUGUAGGAGCCUUGUAGUCAGUUCCGAUAUGUUCCUAAUAUAGGGUAGGGUGGCCAGUGUGUAGGGGCGUACAGUGUCUUCUUGGUGUUGUUUAUUUGACAGGGAUUGGCAGAUGAAGCUGUUAGGAUACCCAUUGCUUGCAAAGACUUUGAUAAGGUGUUCCUCUUUCAACUACUGGUACCAUAACAAACAUGUUGAAAUAGACCUCAUGUACAUCACUAAGGAGCAAAACUGGGACCAGAACUAUCCACUAUAACAGACUGGACCAUAUAAAUUCAGAAUGGAACAGAACAACAGCACUGAAGGUGUCACCUUGAAGGGGGACGAAAUAUUUUCAGGAAAACCAGUCUGCUUGGCGAACCAACCAACAACUUGAAAGACCUUUACUUGUGCCCCAGUUACAUCUUUGAACUGUAAAUUUGUUUACAUCCUGUGCAUUGCAAUUUGUAAAUUUUAUCCAGAUCCCUAAAAUUAUUUAUUCUGAAGUCUGUGUAUUGGAGGCUUAUUAAUGCCUUAAACUAAAAAUAUUACUGAGUGUUGAAACUUGCCUUUGUAACUUGGAAGGAUGUUUGCAACAUGAUGUCCUUCUGAAUAGUUAGAAAUACGGUAAAAUGUAUUUAAAUCAUUGACUUGAAGCUUUUAAUGUGUUAUCUGAAAAUUUUGCUAUUUAAUUGUGUGAAGUGCCACAAAGAGCCUUGCGCUUAUUCAUUAGUGUCACAAUUUAGCUUACUGUAAAUCAGUUUCUUAAAUAUAUGGUCUUAAAACUGAAUUGAAAAUAUUUAUGUAUUUGACAUGCAAGCAUAGAAAAUAAAUAUAUAAUCUGCUUUAAUAAAUGAUGUUUUAUUGACAAUA